AUGUCUCUAGUCUCACCUGCAAAUUAUUUGGGAGAGGAGAGGAAAUAUGUUUCUACAAAUAAAUCAUACUUAACUUCAUCGCCCAAUAACCCAGACCAUGCACCAUCAGGUUAUGAUACUUCCGACGAAAAUACUGCUGUAUCUACCAAAACUACCACUACCAAGACAACAACUGUCACUUCGGCUACUUAUGUGGACAUGAACGACACAUCCGAUACUUCGAAAAAGAAGAAUCAACUAAGUCAAGAAGCAAUAUAUCGUACCAAGUUAAAAUAUGGUAUUUUUGAUUCUCCUGCUAAACAUUCUUCUGGGAUUGCUGAUAACAAGUUGGCAGCUCAAACUGCGGCUUAUCUUACAACAACAAAGAUCCUCCCUGAAUUAUCUGGACAAAGAUCCACGUCCCCAGAACCAUCGUCACUGCCACCAUCAAUUGCUCCUGACGCUCAAGCAGCAGCAAAUAAGCUUGUCAUGUCCACAUUACGUCCAGAAGACAUGAAUUUACCACAUUAUCUAUCGAAAUCCUCUGAUAGAUCUUCCAAACCAGAUAUAACAUCACAUACAGCUGCUUUAAAGGCACUCUCUAGAGAUAAAUCUAUCAUCGAAAAUGCACAUUUACAAGCCUCACCGGUCUCUUCCUCCCAUUCUCAUACAGCCUUAGGCAAAACUCCAUCCAAAACAAUCACGAAAGAACAUCCAACCCAAAUCUCUAGGAAACUAAACUUAUCCCAAGUGUUAAAAGGUGCAGAAAGAAGGGCAAACGAAAGAAUUACCCAACGUUGGGAUCCCACAGCUGACAAAAUUGAAAGAAUCAAACAAUCUGAAAAAAAUUACGCUGUGGCAGUGGCAUCAUACCUUACCAACAAGUCAUCUAUGGAGGAACAAACAAAAUUGAAAAAUAUGGAAUUACAAAGAUUGAAACAUCAAAGUGAUGUUGGGGAUUCUUAUAAAGUUUUCAAUAUGGCUCAAGUUAAGACUAAUAUGAAAUUGAAUUCCAUUGAUUUGGCUCAAAAGGAAGUACAAUUAUUUAAUAAUGAAGAAUUCAAUAGGUUGGCUAUUACUAAAGCCACUGAUGAAUAUAAAAAGGGUCAAUUGGGUCGUGUUAAGACUUUGAAAGGCCAAGAGGGGAAAGUUAACCUUGGUGGCGGAUUAUGGGUACCAUGGGAGAAUGUGGACAAAUUGGCUCAUGAAAGAACAGAUCCUGUGUUAAAAAAUGUUCAUGAAACUGUCGCAAGAGAAAAGAAGACAACUCUUGAUAUCAAAGAUAGAUAUAAACAAAACAGAUUGGAUUGGGAAAAUUGGAAAACAUUCCAAAGAGUUAAAGAUGAACAUGAUCAAUUAGUAUUUGAAAAAACUGCUGCACGUAAUCAAGAUGAAAAGGCUAGAUUAGAAAGAGAUUCCAAGAUUAAGUAUAAUACUAUGCUUGCUCAAAUGGAAGAUCAAAUUAAUGUUAAGAAUGAAGAAUUGAAUACGGCAAAGACUGUUCAUGGUAGUAUAUUGGCUACAUCUAACCAAGAAUUGAAAAACCAAACUGUUAAUGGUAUGAAUGAUUUACAAACUUGGUUCCACUCUUCUGAUCAACGAAAUGAAAUUCAUAAGAUGAAUCAAGAACAGGAUUUAUUAUUAAAACCAUAUUAUGAUGAUAUGAAAGAAGUAGAAUCUUUAAAUGAAAAAUUAAUAGAACAAUGUAAUGAUGCCGCCAAAAAGAUUGAUAUCUUAGAGAAGGAAAUCGAUGUUCAUAGAUUAAAUUUGAAUCAUAUUGCUGUAUCCAUUGAAGAAGAACAUCAACAUCAUAUAGUAAAUCGUGGAAACAUAGAUAUUUUGUUGGCAAGGAAGACAAAGGAACAAUCUAGCAUUGAUGAAAAACAAGCUACCAUUGAAAAAAUGAAAUUAGAUACUUUACUCAUUGAUAAAAAAAUUGAAGAAAAUGAAAAGGAGUUAGCUCUUGCUGCAGAAAGGUUAAACAUGGUUGAAGCAUUAAGAAAGAAUGCCCAAGUAGAGGAAGAUACUGCUGAGGAAAACAUAAAGGAAAUUUUGGCGUACGAUCCUAAGAUAUUUGCCACAUUACCUACUGCUGAAGAAUAUGAAGCGAAGGCUGACGAAUUGGAAGCUGAAGAAAGGGAGAAAUUGGCUUCCGAAGAAGAAAAUACAGAGCAGGAGCAGGAGCAGGAGCAGGAAGCAACACCUGUGCAACAAGAUGAAAUUAACGAUCAAGGAAACCUGAAAGAAGAAAGUGUUGCAUUGAAUAAUUAUGGUGGUGGUGCUACACCCACUGCAUCGGCAAGAUCUGUAACCAACGUGAGUGGAGUCAUUGUUGAAAAUACUCCGGCUACGGUAGAUAAACCAAUUACUAAGUCAAACACCAUAGCUUCUUCGAAACCAAAAGAUAUAUCUAGAUCAAAUCGGGUUAUGAACAAUGGACCCUCUACCUCUUCUGGAGCUAAAACUUCUAAUUGGAGAGAUAAUUUUUUUAUGGGAUCUGCCGAGAGGAAAAAGAGUCAGAGGGUUAAAAGACAGCAGGCACAACAACAACAGCAGCAAAAACAACAACAACCAAUGGCGAAUAAGAAAUUGGGUUCUAUCACAGAUAAUGCAAAUGUUAAUAAACGAGGAUCUCCUUUGGCUACAGCUCCACCAAUCGUUGCCGAAGAAGUUGCUGCUGGUCAUAAGGCAUCUACGGGAAAUUCUCAAGAAGGUGAUUUAGUUGCAUCAUUUACUGGAUUUUCACAAGGCUCAUCACCAGAAUUAGUGGAUGCCAAUGGACAGCAAGGAGAUCAGAAAAAUACGAAUAGUCUUUUCAAAGAAGUAUUUUAG